AUGAUAGCUUCAUGUCCAGUAUUGCAUCCGAGUACACCCUGGCAGGAAGUGGCGCAGGUCCUCACCUCAAAGGAUGCAAAGGUCCAAAUUAUUGGAAUUGACAAAAUCCUGUGCGAUCUCUCACCUGCUGAGGUCAUAAUAAAGAUGAUAGACUAUUAUAGUCAAGUGGAUCUGGACGUUGUAUCCAUAGAUACUGGCGGGAGGAUUUAUAAACGUCUGCCAGAGACGACUGAGGACAGUUAUAUUCAACUAGUAGAUCCAUACUUUGACGACGACUCCUCUUCCAAACGCAGGUGCAAUGUUCGAAACGGUCCUUCGCUUGUGCAGCAAGCAUUCACAGCAUUGAGAUCCGAGCUAAAAGCUGGUAAUGUGCCGAGAAUUUUCCGGGUAGUGCUGGGCAUGUUUGCUUAUGUUGUACAUAGUUAG